AUGGUAGCUCAAGAUGCUGAAUAUCAUGUCAAAUGCCUUGUUUCUCUUUAUAACAGAGCACGAGGAACCGAAAAAUAUAGUGCAGAAAGUGAUGCGGAUGCCGUUAAUCACGGCAUUGCUUUUGCUGAACUUGUUUCUUAUAUAGAAGAUGCGAGAAUGGACAAUCUGAUAGCCUCAAUUUUCAAAUCGUCUGGCCUAGUCAGUCUAUACAGCAACAGGCUUACACAACUUGGAACAGAAGUAGCGGGACGCAUCCACUCAACUAAAGUCAAGAUUAGAGUACUGAGCUACUUUUCAGACAUGGAAGCUCAUACCCAAGGCCGUGAAGUUAUUGUGGCUUUCAACGGGGAUGUUGGUGCCGCACUGAGAAAAGCAUGUGAACAUGACGCUGAUGGGGAUGCUGUUCAUCUUUCUAGGGCUGCCACUAUAGUUAGAAGAGAUAUGUUCAGUAAGAAAAUGGAAUUCAAUGGCUCAUUCUCCACUACUUGCCAGGAACAGUCUGUGCCUAAUUCACUGCUAGCACUGGUUACUAUGGUACUUAAUGGACCAAAUAUCAAAUCACGUUCCUCCAAUGUGUCUCAGGCUGCCCUUUCUCUGUCUCAGCUUCUUCUAUACAACAGCGUGAAGCGCUACAAGGAAAAUGAUACAGAUAUUGUCCGACACAGCCAACAAGGAGAAGCACCUCUACCAGUCUAUUUAGGUAUGAUGCUUCAUACAAAGACCAGGAAACGUGAACUUGUGGACGCUCUUUUUAAUCUUGGCUUGUGUAUAUCGUAUGACUGUGUAUUAAAAAUCUCCACUGAGCUGGGAAACAACAUUUGUUACUACUAUCAGCAGAAAAGGGUUGUUUGUCUCCCUCGACUGAAAGGUGGUAUUUUCACCACCGCUGCUGUAGACAACAUUGACCACAAUCCCAGCUCAACUAGCUCUCACGACUCAUUUCAUGGAACUGGGAUAUCCCUCUUUCAGCACCCCACUGAGAAAAACAAUGACGAAAACUGUGGAGUUCAGCUGCCUACUGACGCAAUUCAGGACAAUGUACGUGCACAAAAGAAGACAUUAAUGCUACCAGAGUUUUACACAACGGUGCCUCCUGUCAAUUUGCAUAGGGACGACCCACCUAUCCCACAGCUUCAAGGGCCCAACAAAGGAGAGUGCCAGCGCAUUCCUGAAGAAACAGUGAAGGAAUACCGGUACAGUUGGCAAAAAUCUUUUUAUUUUUGA